GCGGCGCGGGGCCCGGCGGGCGCGGGCGCGGCGCUCCCUCCUCCCGGUACGAGCGAGGAGGCGGUGGCCGAGAGCCGGAGCCCAGCCCGGGCCGGAGCGCACUGUGAUCGGCCCGGCAGCCCCGCGGAGACGAGGCCGGCGGGCGCUUUGUUCCGGGGCUGGAGGUGUGGCCGGCGGUGUGGCCCGCUCGGCGCUCGCCGUGCUGCGCUGCACCCGGGCGCCUGGUUCUGGCUGUGCGUGGCCUCUGCCCCCACCAGUCACCCCAGCGUAACGGUGUGCGGUAAAGUCGCCCGCCACCGCGACCUCGGUGGGGAGGGCCUGACCACCGGUCAAACAGACUCCUUUGAUUGCAGUCACCCCGGGGUUCCUCGGCUGCCCGGGUCUGACCACCAGAAACAUGGCAACCAGCGCUGUUCCCAGUGACAACCUCCCCACCUAUAAACUGGUAGUGGUGGGAGACGGAGGUGUGGGCAAGAGUGCCCUCACCAUCCAGUUUUUCCAGAAGAUCUUUGUGCCUGACUAUGACCCCACCAUUGAAGACUCGUACCUGAAGCAUACGGAGAUUGACAAUCAGUGGGCCAUUUUGGAUGUUCUAGACACGGCUGGGCAGGAGGAGUUCAGCGCCAUGCGGGAACAGUACAUGCGCACUGGGGAUGGCUUCCUCAUCGUGUUCUCCGUCACCGACAAGGCCAGCUUCGAGCACGUGGACCGCUUCCACCAGCUCAUUCUGCGUGUCAAGGACAGGGAGUCAUUCCCAAUGAUCCUCGUGGCCAACAAGGUGGAUUUGAUGCAUCUGAGGAAAAUCACCAGGGAGCAAGGAAAAGAAAUGGCGACUAAACACAAUAUCCCAUAUAUAGAAACCAGUGCCAAGGACCCGCCUCUCAACGUGGACAAAGCCUUCCAUGACCUCGUCAGAGUGAUUAGGCAACAGAUUCCAGAGAAAAGCCAGAAGAAGAAGAAGAAAACAAAAUGGCGAGGAGACCGGGCCACUGGCACUCACAAACUUCAGUGUGUGAUCUUGUGACUGCCCGAGACCCUGGGCAGAGCAACCAUGGACUGCCAGCCCCCGGGACCGGCCCACUGCCUAACUGCACUGAGAACCAUUUCUAACCACAGCCCUUGGCUCUGGGCACAGGAAGGGAGCGAGGGAGGAUGGGCAGGAGCAGACAGAGUCUGGCUUUGCCACCACUCCCGGGAGACAAGCCACAGCUUCCAAGCCCUUCCUUGUGUGUGUUGAUUAAGCCCAGUUCCCAGCCUCUUGGUGGGUGUGUUGUUUUAAGUACAUAGGGCUGGUUUGCUGGGGAAGUGUUGAUCCACACACAAGGUACCAAACAAGCCAUGAACAAGCUUCCUUCCCCGCCCUGUCCCCAGUGUCUGAGCUCUGAUGUCUUUUUGUAGAUUUUUAAAUUAUUUGAGUAAUGAUUAUUUUAUUAAAGAGGUCUGUGCCCACUGCCUGAUGAAGUCUUCGGCAGACCUCUCGGCUAGCGUCUGGAACAGUGCUCUUGUCUUUUUAACCGAGAGAUUUUAGCAGUGCCAAACUCCAUCCAGGAUGAACAACAGGGAUGGCGGAAGUUAGCGGAGGCCUUGGCGGAAGCCCGAGGCGGAGUUAAACCCAGAAGCAAACAGACCCCAGAGACUGGAGAGAGGGAGAUGGAUUUAUCUGGAGGACUUCGGUGUGGUUGAAAGAGCAGAGAUUAGAAAAGAAAAUCCCCUCACUGCUACCCACCCCUGCCCCCACAGCCACUCAAGUGAGAGCUAGCUGGGACCAUUUCACCCCAGAGGGGAUUUCCUUAUCCCGAGAGCGGGUGAGGCAAGUGGUUGGCUUUGCAAAAGCGUUCAUUUACAUUUUAGGUGGUGGGUAGAUAGAUUCUGUGUUCAGAUGUGGACAGGGCCCUGGGCUUCUCAGAUGUGUCCCUUCCUGCUUGCUCACAUCUGUGACACAAACAGAGCGGCAUGUGCAAGGAGGUGAAUGUGACACCAUCCAGAAAGCUGUUGCUCUAGGCUUGCUCUUAACUGAAAGCACGCAAUACUGUUAUCACCGCAGCACCGGGACCCGAAGCCAUUUCCGUCUGAGUCAGCCGACCACCAGCCCCCUUUAUAAGCCCAGCCAGUGAGCAAACGCCUUUUGGCAUCAGCCAUAGGGCUCUUUUGGUGCACACCUCCAUCGCCCUCUUCUGUCUCAGAUGAAAGGGGAAAGGAAAGUUGAGCUGAUGACAUGGUCCAGACACUUAUUUCAGCAGGGACACCACCCACCUACCCACCCCCGCACCACGAUGCACCCCUCCUUCUCUGGUUCUGCUGGUGGGGUAAAGACUGGGUUUUUCCAGCUGGGAACUGGAUGGAGGGGACAGCAGGAACGAAGUACACCCUGUGGGAGGGUCAGAAGAGGAGGCAGCGCAUCUGCCAGCUCACUGUGCAAAACAGAGGAUCCCCGCCAGGUGGCUGGGCCACCCUGGAGAAUGAAAGUCAUGGAAAGAAAUCCAAGGAAAGUGAGCACCCAGUGGAUGUCCCGCCUCGUGAUUCCUUUCCAGUCCGGAAAGUGCUAAGGUGUUCGUUCACGCACAGGGUCAUCAUCACAGAGGGCCCCAUCGAGGGGCAGUUCUGCUGCAGGAGGAAAUGAUUGCUAGCGAAAGGUCAAACUUCUUGCUUGUCAAACUGCCAGCCCGCCCCACUUUUUCUAUUCCUACAAAGGAUACCAAAGAACAUUCCAAAUGAGGUAUCUCACCAUUUCCCAGAUCCUGUAAUACUUAAGAAUUUUUCAACACUAGAAGGACCAGGCUCGUUCCAGCCUUAGGCGCCCUGAGUCGCACCAUAGCUGCUGCCACCCGGAGAGAGGACAGCAGCCCGGUCAGGGCACUCUGCACAGGAUGCUGAGCCAGAAGGCUCUGCACUCAGGGCAGCAGCCACUGCCAGAGAGUCCCCCAUCUCCUACCACCUGCCUCGAGCACGCCCCGCCUCUGUGGAGCUACAUCUCCACUGGGCUGAGAGGGGCUCUCACCGGAAGCAGAGCAGUUGCCUGGCCAAAGCCCCGAGUCACACAGGUAACUAGAAGGGAGGCUCCCGGUGCUCCUGCCCCUCUCGGAAGAGGCAGAGCAUCCAGGCCCAUCAUCCAGGGCCUCCAUUCUAACCUGCCCACGUCCUAAACUGGCUAACAUCUGCCUCUUGAUUCAGGGCUCCUGGUAAGCUUUCAUUUCCCAGAAUCCCAUUCUCCCAUAAGUGAGAUGGGUAGGUAACGCUCCAGAAUUAGAAGUGAGCCCCUCGACAGAGUUUCCAGAGAGGCCAUGUAAAAUAAAGAAAGCUCAGCGCACUUCCAUCACCAGCCAACAGGGAAAGCCUGGAAACCUGGUUGGCCAGGACUGAAGUGGGUUUGUAGUUGUCAUUCUGAGGCUCCCUCUAGUUUUUUCAGAAACCUGUGUUCCCAUCACAUCCUCUGACACUCCCUGGAACCCCCUCAUCCCUGCCUCUCUAUUGUGUGCUCCGAUUUUCUCCCACUACUCUGACACCUCCUUUUCUCCCCCUCUCCCCCAGAAUGGGGCUAUGCCACAGCUACUUCCUUCACAAGCACUUUGCCACUUGGGACAUCCGGAUGUUUCCCUUAGGAGUUUCCCACCUCCCCAUGACUCUUGCUGUGGAGAGUACCUGAUUGAAUUGGUGUAGCCUGCCAGGAGAUGGGACCCACUGACCCAUGCCAGCUCUAACCUCAGAGCCCCUGGAACCUGCUACACUAAAUCCAGAGCCACAGAGGGGUCCCUUCCUUUAGCUGCCCACCUGGGUGGAGACUCCACAUUGCCUGGGGUUUACCUAGAAUGCCAGAUACUUGAAACACUGAGCCCUUUGAGUGACAGUAUUAGCAGGUGGCCAUUGUGUGAAAUGAGUGAUGCCUGGACAUCUUGAUGAUGCUUGAGCCUUUUAUGUAACUUUUUAUCAAGUCUUUGUGUAUCUCUACUUAUUAAUAAAGAAACAAAGAGAAAUG